UGCUCUGGGAAGCGGACCGGAGGUUUACCUCAGAGUUCGCCACGAGGUGCCUGCGAUGGGGAAUGGGGUUGGGGGUUCAUUGAAAGUCGUUCUUCCUUUUAAAGAGGAGAGGGGGAAGAAUCAGACGUUAAAUUCUUUUGCAAACAUUCAUGCCUAAGGAAGGGCUGGAACAGGCAGCCCCGGCCGCCGGAACCGGUCGGACAGGUAGCGAGCUUGUUGACACCGUUAUGUUGCAGGGCGCAUGCUCACUCCCAAGUUUCCUGGUGCCUUUUCUAUUCCACCUUAUGAAACUUUUUCCUCGGCGUGGUCUCACCCGCGAUUUAAGGCAUAGGUGUCGCGGAGCUGGGAGGCUAGGAGUCGUCGGGACUGCGGGGGAGAGGCCGGGGCCACGCUGUGGUGGGGGUCUGAGGGAGAGGGCCGGCUAGGCGGGAAGGUGGGCUCUGGCCGCCAGAGCCGGGGACCCAGAGGAGCCGGGGACCCAGCCAUCGCCGCCGCCUCUAGCGGGGAGUAGCCGGGAAGAGGGGCCGCAGUCCAGGGAGGGGGCCCUACCAUGCCCAAAGUCUUCCUGGUAAAGAGGAGGAGCCCGGGGGUCUCGGUCCGCAGCUGGGAUGAGCUCCCGGACGAGGAAAGAGCAGACACCUACAUCCCAGUGGGCCUGGGCCGUUUGCUCCGCGAUCCCCCCGAGGACUGCCGCAGCGACGGUGGCAGCAGCAACGGCGGCGGCAGCAGCAGCGCGGGGGAUCCUGGAGGCGCCGAGAGCAAUUCGUCCCCGCGAGCCCCCGAGCGCGAAACCCCUGAGCUUGGAGACGCCGAGGGCCCUGGUGGACACCUGGCGGCGAAGCAGCGCCCGGUCGCCAGAUCGAAAAUCAAGUUUACCACAGGCACAUGCAGUGACUCGGCGGUUCACAGCUGUGACCUGUGUGGCAAGGGCUUCCGCCUACAGCGUAUGCUCAACCGGCACCUCAAGUGCCACAACCAGGUUAAGAGGCAUCUGUGCACCUUCUGCGGCAAGGGCUUCAACGACACCUUUGACUUGAAGAGGCACGUCCGCACGCAUACAGGCAUUCGCCCCUACAAAUGUAAUGUCUGCAACAAAGCCUUCACCCAGCGCUGCUCCUUGGAGUCCCACCUGAAGAAGAUCCACGGAGUGCAGCAGCAGUAUGCCUAUAAGCAACGCCGGGAUAAGCUCUACGUGUGCGAGGAUUGUGGCUACACAGGCCCUACCCAGGAGGACCUGUACCUGCACGUGAACAGUGCCCACCCAGGCAGCGCAUUUCUCAAAAAGACUUCCAAAAAACUAGCAGCCCUUUUGCAAAACAAGCUGACAUCCACACUCCAGGAGAAUGCCACCCUGAGCGAAGAGGAGGAGAAAUGAGAAGGAGGAGGGGAGAGAUGCCAACGCUGCCACAUUUACAUGGAUUUUUGGUUUUGAGGGUCCCCCACCCCACUGGCUUUUUCUAAUUAAAAGUGUUCAGUUUAUCUCUCUGUCCUUUGGGGGCCUCAGCAGGGGGAUCUGUUUCAAGGCUGCCAAUUGUAAUUGUGGCAUCAGGCCCUCUGUCACCCGUGCCCUAUUGAACACAGUCACGUUAAGGAAAGUUUAUGGAUGGCUGUGAUCACUGUGCAGGACUUUUUUUCUUUCUUUUUUUAGGCUUUUCACACAUGGAAGCAGAGGUGUUCUUAGACCAUCGUUUUAUGGUGCCUUGAAAUAAAGUAUUUCCACUUGAAAUGCUACUCAAGCAAGAAAAAUGAACUUCAUUAUCCUGAAAGAGUUUAUAGGAAUUAUUUUAAUAAAUGAAAUGUCCUCAUGAAACUUUAUAAUAAAGCAGGGGAGGGUUGAGCUAUAUAGCUCUUUGUUUAGGGCUUACUGUGUGACAUUCGACUUCAGGUUAUUUGGGGGUUGAUUAUUUUGUAUUAGUGAGUGGAUUUGUAGAGGCAAAUCUCUAUUAUUGGGUAGGAGCACAGACAGCUGAUGAAGAGGUAGCACUGAACAACUGUCUUGCGCACUGAUGGCCAGAGACACCUGGGGUCAACUCAGCAGGUAACUCACGAAUGCUCUGGUCACUUUUUUGGCAGUGGGAUUGCUGAAGAGAUGCCCCUGGCUUUCCGGGUCUGGGACUUAAAGCACUUCUCCCUUCCUUGAGUCCAGCACUGGGAUCAACGUGUGGCAAAUGCUGGAGCGUGAGGAAUGCUCACUGGCACACAGUGCACUUGUGGGAGGAGGGACAGAAGCAUGGCAGUCUCCUUCAAGGCGUGUGACUGCGGAGCACGUUGACCUUUGGCGACCUGCAUCUCCUCACCUGGGAGGCCUGGGAGAUUAACAAUACAGCCGACUUGAGACUGUAAUAGGCCAAAAAGGAGGAAGCUGACCACGGGGAGAGGGGCUGGUGAGGUGGUUUCAGGGUCCUUUCAUGCCUGGAGAGGCAGCCAGAAGGGCCCAGAACCCUUAGCAAACCUCGGUGGUCAGUCGUGCGUAGAGAUAUUUAUCCCAGCCCCCUGAAUGGAGUGAAUGCCCCUGAUUUGCACCAUUGUCCUGCCCCAUGUCCCCUGGGCACUGCCUGGGCUGAGUGCCUCAGGUCCAUUUCCACCUUGGAAGCUCAACAACAUCUUGCUUUGGGACCGGGUUGCUCCUUGGUCUAGGGAAACAUUUGGAUGAUGAGGCCAUUUUCUUAUUUCCUUCCUCUUCCAUCGUCCCCCUUCCUCCACUCCUCCCUUGCUUUCCUCUCCCUCCUUUUCUUUCAUCUUCUCUCCCUCCUUCUGACCUCUCCUCUCUCACACUAUGGACCAGGUAUUAUGCCAAGAUCUGGACAAUGUAAGCAGCAUAGCCUAUAACUUGUGUUAACACCUCGUUUCCAAAUCAGCACUUUUCUUUCAGAUGGAAGGAAGUCAGCCUAUGACCUGUGGGGUGCUGUACACGUUCUCUGGAGCCAUCCUUGGAGUGCUCCCUGGGAGGUCAGCUCCCUGAGCCCGUGAGUGCAUGAGGUGACCGCAGAGGUCAGCAGCUGGCAGCCAGAGGAAGGGGCCAGGAACCCUAAACCUGCUCAAAACCCCUUUUCCUUUCUCUCCCCAUUCUCCCUUCAAAAAGGAAAGAAAAGGCCUUCAAAAAGGAAACUUCGACUUGGAGCUACACAAGAGGCUGGCCUGAGACUAGGGCAGGCUUUGGGGGAUCCUCACCCCUCUGGCUUCUCUGAAUGGCAAGGCUCAGUGCCACAGGGCUUGCCCAAAGGGCCGAUGUGCAUCUUGCGCAGGCUCACCUGAAGCUCCGGGUGCUUCAGCUAGGGCCACAUGGUCUAAACAGCCACGUUUGAGCAUCAGCAGUGCCAGGGGUUACACUUGGGACCCACGGCAGCACAGUGAAAUGAAGUUCAGCCUCCUAGGACAGAGCCAGCCCUGCGGGCUCAACACUGGCUCCAGUGGGCAAGUUGCUGACAUCGUGCUGUGUCUCCUAGCACUUGACACAGAGGAGAGAGAGGCUAGAAGGUGGUUGAUUCGCUUUUUCCUCAGUUAUCUGGGUCAUUUAGACACUAAUGAGCAUUCCUAUAAAAGAGUAUCUGGAUGACUCUGGCUGGAGCAGCUGGCCUGUGGCCUGUUUUGGCCCAGGAAAUUGUAAACUAGCUGAUGUGACAUUCUCUUUAGGGUCAGAUUUUUAUUGAACAGAACUCUUAGUUGCAGGUGACGGAAACUCAGAUUAAAGUGACUUUAACAGAAGAGGGAAUGUAUUAGCUAAUAAGUCUAGGGUUGUUACCAUUUCAUGGUUGGCUGGAUGUAGGUGUUCAAAUCAUGUCAUCAUCCCUCGUCUUUUUCUCUUUUAUCUGGUUUUCCCCCAGAUGGCUUCUUUCUCAGGCAGGACCAAGUGGAAGUUGGAUGGCCACCCACCCUUGGAUUUCUAUCCCACAGUUCAGCAGCCCAUCAGAAGGAGGAUUUGUCCUUUAGCCAGAGAUCUUGGGCUGAUGCUUUUUGUCUCCAAUUAGCCCAAUUUGAAUCUUGGGCCCUCCCCUGAGCCAGUUACUGUGCUCUGGGAGACAUAGGGCUCUCUUGGCUCAGGCCUGAGUCAUAUGCUCCUGCCUCCUCCCGAAGCAGGGGUGGAGAAAGGAGGUCAGCUAUACCUCUGGCCUGAAAGUAGUGGGAAAGUGGUGCCCUGGCAGAAAAGCAGGGUGCUGUGACAAGAAAUGCAUGUUGGGCAGGUGUACGAGCUAAGAGAAGAUGCAGCUGUUGUAACAAAGAUUCCCAACCAACACUGUGGCUUAAAGAAGAGAGGUUAUGGGGCUGGCCCAGUGGCUCAGUUGGUUAAGAGCUCACUCAAGAGUAUGAGCUCUGAGCAAUAGG